AUGAAGCAGCCAGCCACACUGGCCCACACGGGCACAGGCUGUGAUUGUGAGAAUGGGCAAGAAGCCAGAGAGCAGAGAGGGAGAGAAGCUUGUUCACAGAACGUCGGCUGGCUUCGCAGUCUCUCUCGUAUGAUAGAGGAACCUUCGUGUGUAAAAAUGUGAAGAGUGGUUUCUCCGUUUUGACGCAAAUUGAGACAAUGGAGUCCGUCCUUUUGGAAACCUUUCAGCAAUCCCAAAAAAGUGUUCAACGUCAUAACCAACUUGUUGGAAAGCUAAAGAAAGCCCACGUGGGCUGCAAGGACUACAAGCAUUUCAACGAAGAGUUCUUCAAAUGCCUCCAACAUGCCCUGGUUGAGUUCAAGCGUGAGCCAGCUGUUGAACGGGUAUUGGACUUUGCUGUUCAGUUUUCCAUCUCCACUGCCACCGAAUCAGGCGACAAGAAUAUAUUUUCAUUCCUGAUGGAGAGUCUGCUAGCACUGCACAGUAGUCGUGACAAAGGUGUGCGCAUGCGAGCGGUGGAAAUGGUGAGAAAGCUGCUGGAUAAGAUGGAGGACGAUGCCGAAAUCGACGUAAACCUGUGCGAUCGACUGAUCGACAUAAUGCUGAUUCGACUGAAUGACAAAAUCCCUGCCGUGCGAUGUCAGGCUGUGCUGGCCCUAGCCAGACUGCAGGACCCCGGCGACACGGAGUGCCCGGUGCAGGGAGCCUUCCAAAAGCUUGCCAUGCUUGACUCCAGUCCGGACGUCCGCAAGACAGUCUUGUCGCACAUCUUUGUACGCGCGGACACGAUUGACAUUCUGAUCGGACGAACGCGCGACGUCAAGGACAACGUCAGGCGUACGGCAUUCGCCGUGCUUGCCGAGCGUGUCAGCAUUCGAUCACUGACCAUUGCUCAGCGUCGUGAGCUGCUGAAGCAGGGUUUGGCCGAUCGCAUAGAAACAGUCAAACAGGCAUGUGUGCUGCAGCUGUUACCUGCCUGGAUGAAGCAGUGCGAUGGCAAUUUCGUGCAGUACUUGAAGCGGCUGGACGUGGAAAGUGGCGACGAGUGGGUGGAGAAGUCUGUUGUGGAGCUGCUGAAGACCAAAUCACCAGCCGAGCUCAUCGAUGGAUUUCUGACGCAGCCAGACUGCCGUGAGCUUGUCGAGAAUAUACGGUCGCCGAAGGCUGAUAGCACCACCAGUGGGCUGGAUCCGGACGUUUCGUUCUACUGGAGAUGCCUGUGCCAGCACCUGCGAGGCUUGGGCAGCAGUGCCGAGGAGUACCUGGAUCAAAUCCUUCCCGAGGGCGCCAGUCUCUGUCCGUUUCUCAUGAGGUGUAUAUGUGAUGCUGACACAUCCAAGGUAGACAACGAUGACACUGCUACCAGGGUCUUUGUUCUACAACAGCUCUUCAAGACAGCGCCAUUGCUGGACUUUGCUGACGAAGUUGGCAGACGGCGUCUACGUGAUCUGGUGUGCAAGCUGCUCCCAAUGGAUAAUGUGCCCGAUGUUCUAGUGCCCAUGCUGGCAGCUUGUCUUCGAGCCGUGGAAAGCAGCCAUGACGCACGCAUGGACAUUCUCUUGGAAAUCAUCUCCGACAUCCACAUGCCGAUGACAGAGCAAACCAUGGAUGCUGAUCAACUCCAAUCGACCCUGGCCAACAUGAGCCUUAGCGUGGAGCAUGUUCCACUGGAAGCACUUCUGAAGUGCCUGUCCGUACUGCAAGAGCUGCUGUUAGAUGUAACUCGGCCCUCGCUGAGCCCAUCGUUGAGAGCCUUGACCGACUCUCUGGUUCUGCCGUGUAUUCAGACACCCGACCCGGUUAUCCGAGAAGCAGCUGUCAAGUGCCUCGGCCUGUGCUGCCUGUUGAGCUUGGACUUUGCAAGGCAACACAUGCUGCUCUUCCUACAGGCGCUUGAAGUGGAUGUUGAAGAAGUGCAAAAGGUUGCCUUGCAAGUAGUGUUUGAUCUUCUGCACACGUACGGCUUAAACUCCUUCGAGAUCAAGUCUGCGAAGGACAGUACGUCGACGGAGCAUGAUGAAAAUGGAGAAGAGAAAGCAGAAGUUCAGCCAGAGGAGGCCAAGAGCAAUGUGGCAACUGGGAUUCUCUCUGUUGUUUCUCGUUACCUUGAUAGUCAGGUUGAGGAGUUAUGCCACACUGCCAUGCUUGGUUUUGCCAAGUUGAUCCUUGCCGGCCGCCUGGUCAGCUCCAAGGUGCUACUGCGCCUCUUCUUGCUCUGGUUCAAUCCAGCAUGCGAUGACGACUUGUUCCUACGCCAGACUCUGGCAGCCUUCUUCCCGGUCUUUGCCUCUAACUCCAGAUUCAACCAAGAACAACUCGGCAGUAUCCUACUGCCUGCCCUGACAACAGUGUGGCAGGCACCAGACUCCUCUCCACUCGCUCUCAUCAACGUCAACGACUUGACCCAGUUCUUGAUUGAGUUCACCGAUCAUCGGCAUCUGCGUGGCAAGCAUGCAGCUGAUGCCGAUAUGCAGGAACGAACAGUUCAUGAAGACAUUGCCGUCAAAGUGGCCAACAAACUGUUGACGGAUGAGGAGGACAUUGAUGAACGUAGCUUGUGCCGAGUACUUAGCCUUCUCUACCUCUUGCCCACUUCACCAGUAGCAGAGGAGCUGCAAGCGCUUGACAAUCAGCUUCUAGAGGCGGUCUCUGACAAGAUGGCACUUCGCUACCUAGCAAAAUUCCGUUCGAAUAUCUCUGGCUCCGGUAAGACAGCGAGAAGGCCAGCACCUGGUAAAACACCGUCAUCGAGAAUGAGACCGGCUGCAACACGGAGAACUACUGUCACACGCACUGCAACUAAGUCCGCCAGGAAAUCACAAGCAGUUAUUCUAGAGAGUGAUGAGGAUGACGACGGUGAUCUUAAUGAGGAGACGAUUGGUAACUCACCGGUUGAGGCUCGACCCCGCCUUGCUAGAGGCUGCAAGAGUAAAGCGAAACAAGUCGAAAAACGCCUGUUCGACUCCAGCUCUGACGAAGCAAACGAUGAUGAAGAAGACUGUAGUGAUUAGGUGUCAAGCACACCUGUUGUGAACGACCACUGUAAGAUCCAAUCAUCAGCUUUGGUAGCAUUCAGAGUGCUCUUGAUUGCUCCACUAGGACAUUGCCAGCACUUUUAACCUGUAGAACUGACUGUACAUAGCCUACCAUUUAACCUGGCUGAUUCAGCAAUGACGCACUUCAGCAGUGAUUAUCACGCUGUAAUCUUGCAUUGCCCUUCGCGCCACCUGCGUUAAACCACGGUAAAUCCAGUUAUCUGGUGCUACAGCUGCGCUCGGUGAAAUCCGACCCAAAGUUCAUAUCUGGCGCCCUCACCGCCCUGGAAGUGGUACGCAUGUGGCUGGAUGUACAUGUACGAAUACCGUGAUGUAAUCGGAACUGGUCUAGGGCGUCAGGUUUUGCACUCUGGGUCGGAUUUCACCGAGCGCAACUGUAGUGUGUUUGCUUUCUGCCGACCAUCUUGUUUUCUUUUCCUUUGCUGUUACAUUGUAGCUGUAUCAUUGUCUGCCUAGUUUGUACUAAAUGAUGAUUUUUAUUAUACAAGCCGAUAAUAGGGCAAGUGAACUGUGUAUAGUGCUCAGCUGAUUUAGGUUAGGGGUGUGCUCAAUAUAUUUUUUCUCCUUGUGCACACCUAGUCCAUGAUCCGUGUAUUCACCAUGCGUACGCAUGCCGUCUUGAUUAUGGUUUUACACCUUUUUCUUUCUUUUCCUGCCUUCAUCAUGCGGUCAACAUGACUGCGCUAACGUUUGAAUGCGAUAAUGAAAUCUAGA